UUUAUUUGUUUGCCUAAAUACCUAUUUCUAAUAUGCAAGUGUAGAAUCAAAUGUAUAGCAAGCAAAGUCAUUAGUCAUUUGCAAGCAAAGCAUAAGUCUAUCAAGCCUAGCAAACAGUUAAGGAUUGCAGAAUUGAUAAGCCAAAUCCUAGACAUUACAAAAACCUAG